GCAUGCGAUGUCUUUAUUUUUCCGUACGGGGUUCCCAGAAAUCCCAACCUUUUUCGGGUGUGCACACACCUUCCGUCCUGACUCUUCGCGGCGCGAGCAUGUCUGGCUUCCCUUCCUCCUGUCGUCGGCCCCGCGGCCGACCAGCGCCGCUGCUGGCCAGGCUGGUGCGACCGACCGCCGCGGGGCCCCUCCCGGACGCGCCGCGGGCGUGCGGCUCUUUCCGUGCGGGGACACCGCGCCAGCCCUCUGCGCAGCGGGGGUGGCGAAAAGUCGAGGGGUCAUGGCGCCAACAUCGCAGCGCGGAUUUCGUUCG